AUGUUGAAAUGCUCGAGAAAUGCGAUACGAUAUCACCCCCCUACGCGAGAAAUGGUGAUCAAGCAGUGUCUGAUAGUCUAUGCAUUUGCAUUAUUCGUGGCCUCAUGGUCAAACUGGGGAGUUUCCGAAACUUGGUGGCCAAUUCGUAACAAUGUCUACAGUGGAGUGUUUUGCCUACCGAUGCCAUAUGACUUUCGCAGCACACUGUUCUUUUACCUACUAUACGCUCCGCUGGUGUUCUUCCUACCGCUGUUCUACAUUUGCUACGUCGUCUUUGACAUUGCAAAGAACAAGCUUCUUCCGCACCGAGAGCAGCGAAAGACUCUGAUGAUAUUUUUCCGAUUAUUGUUGGUAUACUUUGUGAUGUGGGUUCCGGCUCUUUUUCUUACGUUUGUGGCUGGCAAUUGGCUGUCCUGGCCGUAUGUGACCUUUGGAGCUAUAUGGGCGCACCUACAAGGAGCCGUAUCGGCUGCAACUUGUAUUCAAAAGCCAGACAUUCAGGUUGCCUGUAAGAAUCUUGUAUUUUGUUGUACAAGGAAAAAAAAUCAGGCUGUGUUGGAACCCAUCCCAACCACUCUCGAGAAACCAGCCCAAAUAUUUCUCGGAAUCAAAGAGAGAAGCGCAUCAAUUAACUUGAACGAUGAAGAGCAGCAAGAUGAAGUAGAUGACAAUGCCGAUAAGGAUGAUGACGCAGCCCAUAAGAGUGACACAACUAUGACCAGCAGCAGCAGGCCACUGCGUAGGAGUGCAUAUGAAAUAGCUUUUGGUCUUGAAGCUGGAGAAUUGCAUUCUAUUCCUCCAUUCAGUGAGUCUGCUUCGGGAAAUGUGUAA